UGAAUUCUUGAAAAUUUUCUCUUUCCUUCACUUUCUCGAAAAAAAUGUCUUCAGGGUGCAAUUGCGGUUCUAGCUGCAGCUGCGGCGACAACUGCUCUUGCAGAUGCAGCAGGAACCUUAACCUGGGAUUUUCUCAGAAGCCGAUCAGUACUGAGACCAUCAUCUCCGGAGUUGCGCCAGUGAAGAUGACCUUUGAUGUAUCGGAGAUGAGCACUGAAUCAGGACACGGAUGCAAGUGUGGAUCAAACUGCACUUGCGAUCCAUGCAACUGUUAACCGAUGAAGCCAUAUAUAAAAGUAGCAAACAAAGUCUAAUAAUUUUUAAGAUUUUCAAGGAUUGAUCGAGGUCUAUGAUCAUAAGUAUUUCGUGUCUUGUCUUGUCUAAUAGAAGCUUGUCGUGUAAUAAUACAGCCAUGGUUUCUUGCAAUUCCUUUCUCCAAGGAUUUUGAAGUUGAUUCAUGGCUUU